CUGUAUUAGCAAAGCCUCUGCGAUCAAAUUGUCCCUGCCCGCCGGGUUCAAGCGAUGGGAGCUCCUAAAGCGGGAUCCCCAUUUGCCUUGGCUCCAGCCCAGAUGAUCUGAAGCUCUGUUGAGGACCAGAAAGGAGAGGGGGCUUGGCUUCGGGAAGCUUGGACUUGAUGCUAUCAUGUCCAGACAGCAGCAUGUUCUCUCCCAAUUUGGAAGUUGAUACCACUGCGGAAGACACAGCGCCCAACACCACCAAUGAUGGAGACGAUGCACCGGCCAGCAUUGAUGUACUGGAAGAGCGGCCUGCGAAGCAGUCCUUGAGUGCCUGUAUGUGUCCAGAGUCCCACUGCCGGUGCCUUCUGCUCUCCCUGCCGAUGUACAGCUGCCUGGGCGCUGUGGCUUGGUGCCAGCUCACCCGAGUCACCAAGCUCAGCUUCGACUCAUCCGUCACCUCCCUGACUUCCAUUUCCUCAAUCAAGGAGGUUGGCAUGGGAGGAGACGCUAUGAUUUACCAUGACAGCCCCUGCUCUAAUGGCUAUGUGUACAUCCCUCUUGCCUUCCUGUUCAUGCUCUAUGUUGUCUACCUGGUAGUGUUGGCACUGCUGGGCUCGCAGUGAGCUACAUUGUAAGGCUGAUGUGGAUAGCGUGUAUGAGUACCUAUUGAGGAUGCGACAAGCCCGUCCGUGUGUUUGGUGGAAGGCCAUAAGUUACCAUUUUGUUCAGAGGACCAGACAGGUGACCCACUACCGGAUCGGGGAAGCCUACACUACCACCCAGGUCUACCAUGAGCGGGUCAACACACACGAGGGUGAGGGAGCGUUUGAUUACAGUCGCUGUGGUAUGUGGGACAUCUCACAGGAUCUACUUGGACUGGAGAGCCACCCGGCAACAAAACUUUGUUUCCACAAGUGCUUCGGUUUUGCUGGGGCUGGACCAGAAAAUAAUUACCUCAACCAACGUGCCAGGUUCUUCUCAGAGAUUGAGGGUUUAAAUGACUACAUGGAGGCUCGAGAAGGGUUGCAACUGAAAAAUGUUAACUUUAAAGAGCAUCUGAUAGCCUACGUGGAACCUUACCGGUUGCCCUGGUAUACUUCUCAGGUGUCGUUCUGGUUCACUGCUCUUCUCAUGCUGUCCUGGCCCUUGAGGGUGCUUAUAGAAUACCGUACAGCCUUUGUGCACUACCAUGUUGAGAAGCUCUUUGGGUUGGAGGACAGCCACAACAGCCCCUCUCUAAUAGAGGAGGUUUCCGUCAGGAGAGUUCUCCCUCGGGUAGAUACAGUGGAUAGCCCUGAGCUGGAGUGGCACAUCCUCUCUGAGGAGAGUUCUCCCUCGGGUAGAUACAGUGGAUAGCACUGAGCUGGAGUGGUA